UUCGUUAACCUUAUGUUUUUCUAAACGAAACCUCCGAACACGUCAACUUCAGAAAUUGUCAUUAAUAAUUAAAUAAAAUAUAUUAUGGCGAGUCUACGAGACAAACAGAUAGAAGCCAUUAAGCAGAUGCUGAACCUGAACGAACCGGAGUCGAAGACCAUCGCUCCAGAGCCGGUGUGGAAAAUCUUGAUAUAUGAUCGCUAUGGGCAGGACAUCAUAUCUCCUCUCAUAUCUGUCAAAGAACUCAGGGAAAUGGGUGUCACACUUCAUGUAUAUCUUCAUUCGGAUAGGGAUCCGAUUCCUGACGUGCCUGCUGUUUAUUUCUGCAUGCCGACCGAAGAGAAUUUGGGCCGAAUCGGCCAGGAUUUUCAAAAGAACAUUUACGACGUUUACCAUCUGAAUUUCAUAUCUCCCUUGUCGCGGCAGAAGCUGGAGGAUUUGGCCGCUGUAGCUCUGCAAGCCAACUGCUUUGCAAAUAUUCACAAAGUAUUUGAUCAAUAUUUGAACUUUAUAUCUCUAGAGGAUGAUAUGUUUAUUUUAAAACAUCAAAAUAGUGAAGCAAUCUCUUAUUAUGCAAUUAACCGAGGUGAUAUAAAAGAUACAGAUAUGGAUUCUAUAAUGGAUUCUAUUGUCGAUAGCCUAUUUUCUGUAUUUGCUACACUUGGUACCGUACCAAUAAUUAGGAGCCCAAGGGGCAAUGCAGCAGAAAUGGUAGCUGAGAAAUUGGACAAAAAAUUGAAAGAGAAUUUGCGCGAUACUCGCAACAGCAUUUUCCUCAUGGACACAGCCCAAGUCGGGAGAUUCAGUUUUCAGAGGCCUUUGUUAAUCGUGCUUGAUAGAAAUUUGGACAUGGCAACACCGUUACAUCACACUUGGACAUAUCAAGCUCUCGCUCAUGACGUUUUAGAUCUUUCUCUCAAUAGGGUUGUUAUCGACGAGGAUACUAAUUCUCCAGGUGGAAGGCUGACAUCAAAAUCACGGGCUUGUGAUCUUGAUCCAAAAGAUAAAUUUUGGGCACUACAUAAAGGCAGUCCUUUUCCUACUGUAGCAGAGGCUAUUCAAGAGGAAUUAGAAGAAUAUAGAUCAUCUGAAGAGGAAGUCAAAAGACUAAAAGCAUCAAUGGGUAUCAACAGUGAGAGUGAUGCUGCAUUCUCUAUGAUGACAGAUAAUACAGCGAAACUGACAUCGGCCGUUAACUCUCUACCGCAGUUGAUAGAAAAGAAAAGACUGAUUGAUAUGCACACUACGAUUGCGACAGGUAUUUUAAAUGUGAUAAAACAGAGAAGGCUUGACACUCUGUUCGAGUAUGAAGAGAAAAUUCUAGCGGGCUCUGGCUUGGAGAAACCUUUGAUUGAAAUAAUCACCGAUAGCGAAACAGGGACACCUGAGGAUAAAAUGAGACUAUUUUUAAUUUAUUACAUUUAUUCUGAUUCAAUUCCAGAGGCUGAGUUAGACAGGUAUGCUAUGGCUCUGGAAGGAGCAGGUUGUGAUUUAAAACCACUUGACUAUAUAAAACGAUGGAAGGCAUACACAAAGAUGUCAUCUACUCCAAGUCAGUAUAGAGGGGGUGGCACUAAAACAGUCAGUAUGUUUUCAAAACUUGUUUCAAAAGGAUCUUCAUUUGUUAUGGAGGGUGUGAAAAAUCUUGUUCUUAAGAAACAUAAUUUGCCAGUCACAAGGAUUGUCGAUCAGUUAAUGGAAUCAAAAGGUUGUGAAGAUUAUCGAUAUUUUGAUCCAAAGCAGCUAAGGGCUACAGAACCUGUAAAAAAUAAGGUUGUCAUUAAUGAAGCUAUUGUCUUUAUGGUAGGAGGUGGAAAUUACAUUGAAUAUCAAAAUCUUGUAGAUUAUGCUAAAAGCAAAUCUGGUGCAGGCACAGGUGCUGGAAAUAGGAAAGUUGUAUACGGAGCUUCAUCAAUAAACAAUGCAAAGCAGUUCUUAAAACAGCUAUCUCUUUUGGGCAAAGAAAUGAACUGACA